UUUUCAACCGCCCUUGUUUUAUGCCCUAGGUCGUUCCGGGACCUGCCAAGACUUGAGCGCUUCCUCCCUUCUUGUUUAUUUUCGGCUGUCUUUGUCUUUAUCUUUUGCAUUCCGACUCCCGACAAGGAUUUCUCUUAACAAUCGCUCAAGUACCAUACGGGAAUGUGCCAGUUAUCAUUAGAGCAACAAUAGUGACCAAUCUCGACCAGUUCGGCACAGCCCCGAAAGCGCGAACGGACAUGGAAACAGAGACCGUGGAGACGACUCUCAGGUAUCUAGACAGCCUGAUUAAGUUCCCGAAGUAAGCUAUACAGUAGAUUAGGAUAUAAUCUGACGAGGUAGCUCUUGCGACAGUUCAGCUUCUACCUUCAGAUGGCGCGCCCUUCCUCAAAAUCAACAGACGAUCAACAGAAUUCUCCUCCACUUCACGGCCGUGUAACUACCAUUCUCCGGCAGCCUAUUGUGUCUAUCACAGGUGACGCUCGUGACUGGGUGUACCUUGGGCUCAUAGUCGGCGCCACAAUCUUGCUUUGCUAUGUGGCUAACCUCAUUUUCCAACUCUUGAAGCCUAUAAGCGACCUGAUAUCUAGCACUAGCACUGGCAUUAGCACUAUUUGUUCAGGAAUUGGCUCAGGCAUUGAAGCCAGCAUCGACGGUGUGGCGGCAGGUUUCACCAGCUUGCUCAGCACAGUCAUACCCCCCAUGCUUGGCUUCAAGUGCUUUAUCGUCAGCUGUGACCUUUCGAUGCCCUAUCUUCCCAGUGAAGAAUCGAAAGUGUUGUUCUUCCAUACAACAAAUUUGACUGUACGCCUCAAACAUGAAGCCCAGGAGAUUCUUAAUCUGCAUGGUCAUAUCCAGAUUCUCUCCGAGGGCGCCAUGCUGGAUGUGAUCAGUGAGAACUCUGCGACCUUCAGCGAUCUGUCUCGCAGAACAGCAUACGGUUCUCAGCUACCCAUAUCUCUUCGAUAUGCCAUCUCAGACCGAUUUGCUAGCUUGGCUAGGUUAUCGCGCCUCCUGGAACGCGCCUUCAUUGCAUCAAGGCGUGCCGGGCACAACACAAAGGUCACAUUUCUCAGAGAGGUGAACAGUCUCGAGCAUGUCCUGGACCCAAUUUGGAUUUAUCCGACGUCGUCUCGUGACAGCACUUUGCGAAAACAGUUGGGAAAAAGUCAGGGAUCCGUGGAUUUUACUCUCGACAAGCUGAAGAAGGCUGUCAGAGAAGCUGUGAACAUCACUUCUUUGUUGAAUAAGGAGCUCGACAAUUUUGAUCUUUUUUUGCGAGAUCAGAGCAGUCUCCUCGAAACGAAUCAGACGCACGUACAGUGGUUCUUGACACUCGUGGGUAUUUCGAAGGGCCUGCAAGAGAAUCGGGAUAGAAUGAUGUUCCUUGCAUUCAACGUUCAUGAGGCCCAGGAGCGUUUCAUGGGUAUCGGAACUUGCUGUGAAAACAUCCACGAAGCCUCUGAAGAACUAAAGGUUUGGCUCUUCCUGCAAUUGAAUCCGAUGUCUAACCAUGUCAUUAGAAAGAACUCGAGGAAAUCUCACCAUCAAAUGUACCAGAUAUGGGCGAGGACAGUUCUCCAGUUGCUGUUCGAAAGGCUAUUCGGACGUACGUCCAGAAACUUGGGGAGGCGCCAGCCUAGGACCGUGACAUUGUUUUUAACAUUAUGAUGCAAUUUAAUUACCGUCUUUAUGUCUUUCUACCGUCGUUUUAUCAUACGAGCAUCAUGCAUCUGAGGGGGGGAAUAUUUCUGUGAUCAGGAGGAUGCAAGAUG